AUGCGCUCCGGGGAAGCUCAGUUCCAGCAGCAGACGGGCGAGAAGGUCUAUUUCGGCGUAGGCACCUAUGGCACAACCACCGAUCCCCAGCGGGGACUUGGCGCCUGCUACCGGCUCAAGGUUGAAGGUGUGGACAGGGACAUUAUCGCACAGUCCGUCAACACAG